AUGGAAGUCAAGAGAUUGAUUUCUUCUUUAAGAGUAGGCUUGGUUGGUCUUCUCGAGACUAAAGUCAAGGCAUCUAAUCUAGGUGCUUUGUACUUAAGAAUGUUUAGUGGUUGGUGUUUUUCUUCUAACAAUGCUUGGAAUAAUAGGGGGAGAAUAAUAAUGAGCUGGAAUCCAGCUAUGUUUGAUGUCAAUAUUGAGUUUUGCACUAGUCAAUUAAUGCAUUCCGAGGUGCAAUCGAAGAAUGGCAGAGAAAGAUUUAAAGUCACUUUUUUUUAUGGUUUUAAUGAAGAAGGAAACCGAGAGGACCUAUGGAGGAAUUUAAAAGAUCUAGCUACGGGUAUUUGUGGACCUUGGGUUAUGAUGGGAGAUUUCAAUGAUAUUCUUCAUGGUGAAGAGCGGAUUGGGAAAAAGGACAAAACUCGCAAGUCAAAGAGUUUCCAAGAGUGUGUGGAGGUGUGCCAAAUGGAAGACAUCAAAUUUUCAGGUAAUUUCUAUACCUGGAAUAAUAAGCAAGGAAGUGACACCAAAGUUUACUCUAAAAUUGAUAGAGUAAUGGGAAAUCAGCAGUGGUUGCAAAAGUUUAUUUCUGCUAAAGUUGUUUUCAUGUCAGAGGGAUGCUAUGAUCAUAGUCCAGCAGUGUUGUCAGUUUACCCAGAUUUAAAGAUUGGAAAAUUCCCAUUCAAGUACUAUAGAAUGUGGAACAAAGCCCCUGGUUUUUCAGAGAAGAUAGAGCAGAAUUGGAGGCAAGAAAGGAAAGAGGAGGAAGCUCAGAAGCAAUAUCAUCUUAUUCAUAAGGCCUAUUUAUCAUAUCUCCAUCAAAAAGCUAAAGUGCACUGGAUUAAGGAAGGAGAUGAAAAUACCUCGAUGUUCCAUGCAAGCAUCCGAGCCCGGAAAGCAACUAACAGGAUUUAUUCGGUUUUGGACAUGGAUGGGAAUUGGCAUGACCAGCCUACACAGGAUAACUGGGGAAUAGUUGGAGAUGAGGUGAGUGAAGCUGUGAUGGAUUUUUUGAAAACAGGGAAAUUAUUGAAGGAAUUAAACUCCACAGUAAUAACCCUUAUACCGAAGAGCAAGUGUCCAGCGAAUUUGAGUGACUAUCGCCCAAUUUCCUGCUGCAAUGUAAUAUACAAAGUAACAACAAAGCUGAUCUGUUCUAGGUUGAGAAUGAUACUUCCAGAUCUGAUUUCUCAAAACCAAAGCCGAUUUGUGCAAGGAAGAUAUAUUGCUUACAAUAUCAUGUUAUGUCAAGACUUAGUGAGACAUUAUGGGCGUACAAAUGCCAGGCCAAAUUGUAUGAUAAAGCUUGAUCUUAAGAAGGCUUAUGAUACCAUUGAGUGGGACUUUAUUGAAGAAAUGUUGGCUGCAUUCAAUUUUCCCCAAGAUUUCAUUCAUCUCAUCAUGAUUUGUAUUCGUACUCCAAGAUUCAGUUUAAUGAUGAAUGGAUCGAUGCAUGGUUUUUUUGAAGCGAAGAGAGGUCUACGACAAGGUGACCCGAUGUCCCCCUUGUUAUCUAUUCUUGGUAUGGAAUAUUUAUCAAGAAUAAUGACUCAAGUGGGGCGGAAAAAAGACUUUAAAUUUCAUGAGAGAUGUAGAGGAUUGAUGAUUAAUCACCUAUGCUUUGCUGACGAUGUUUUAUUGUUUUGCAAUGGAGAUUAUAAAUCAAUAUAUCUUAUGCUUCAGAGCCUUAAAUUGUUUUCAAAGACAUCAGGUUUGCAGCCUAGUGAAGCUAAGUCAGCCAUUUAUUGUAGUGGCAUGGAUAAUUACGAAGUGCAACGGGUUCUUGAUGCCUCGGGUUUUGUCAGGAGUAUGAUGCCAUUUCGGUACUUAGGAAUUCCAAUCUGUGCUAAAAGGCUUUCAGUUGCUGAAUGUUCAGGGAGAUGUUUGGAUGCAAUUGCACAAUGGCUUGGAUGGAGUACAAAGAGCUUUCGGCUUGUUGCUCUUUUAAAAGCUAUCAAAAGGGGAAAAUAUUCUAAAUUUCGAAAGCAAGUAAUUGCUACAGCAAUGGCAGCUUUGAUUUACUUUCUUUGGAAGAGCAGAAAUGAGAGUUAUUGGAACAAGAGUAUUCCAACUUUGCAUUCUCUGGCUUUUUUUGGUGCUGUUAUGGUGGAUUGGUGUUGGUGUAAUUCAAUGAGCUGA